AGGGUCUGGACACCUGGGGCCCGCGCCCCCCUCUGCAUCGCGGUGUCACCUUCCCUGGCGGCUCGGAUUCCCGGAUCCCCUUACACGGCGACGGCUCGGCUGUCGCGUCCGCAGCCGGAGGAGGGGAGGCUGCAGGAAGCGGCGGAUCCGGCAGGAGCGGCGGCCCGGGUGGGUGCCGAGUUCCCGCCAUGGAAAGUGCAGCAGCCCGCGAACCCCGGGGCGCAGACGCCCCGCGCGCCCCUGCGCCCCCGCCCUCGCCCGCCGAGCCCCCCGCCGCGCCCCGCGCGCGCCCACGCCUAGUUUUCCGCACGCAGCUGGCGCACGGCAGCCCCACGGGCAAGAUCGAGGGCUUCACCAACGUUCGCGAGCUCUACGCCAAGAUCGCCGAGGCCUUCGGGAUCGCGCCCACCGAGGUGAAGACCCCUGGUCGCUGCGCCCAGAUCUUAUUCUGUACCCUCAACAGCCACAAAGUGGACAUGCAGAAGCUGCUAGGGGGACAGAUAGGGCUGGAGGAUUUUAUCUUCGCCCACGUGCGCGGCGAGACAAAGGAGGUAGAGGUCACCAAGACUGAGGACGCGCUGGGGCUCACCAUCACCGACAACGGGGCUGGCUAUGCCUUCAUCAAGAGGAUCAAGGAAGGCAGCAUCAUCAAUCGUAUUGAGACCGUGUGCGUGGGAGACAGCAUCGAGGCCAUCAACGACCACUCCAUCGUCGGGUGCCGCCACUACGAAGUGGCCAAGAUGCUCCGGGAGCUCCCCAAGUCCCAGCCCUUCACCCUGCGCCUGGUGCAGCCUAAGAGAGCUUUUGAUAUGAUUGGCCAGAGGAGUCGGGGCAGCAAAUAUCCUGUGGAAGUGAAGGUGACCAGUGGGAGGGAGACCUUGAGGCUGCGUUCUGGGGGUGCUGCCACUGUGGAGGAAGUGCCCACUGAGUUUGAGGAGGAGGCGUCCCGGAAGGUGGAUGACCUGCUGGAGAGCUAUAUGGGCAUCCGAGACCCUGAGCUGGGUAAGGGGCCAGGCAUCCACCAUGGUAGAGACUUCCAAGAAGACAACCAGCGUCCAGGAGUUUGCGAGCUGUUUAGACUCCGUCUUAGGCGAGUUCGCCUUCCCGGACGAGUUUGUGGUGGAAGUGUGGGCCGCCAUUGGCGAGGCCAGGGAGGCUUGUGGCUAGUGUGCCCGGGGAGCCAGCGCAGCCCCAGCCCGGAGCCCAGCACCCCACCCCAGCCCUGCUCUAGUGUCAGGCCCUGGCCAAGCUCCGAGGCCAGGUUUGCCUCCAGAAGCCAGCUCACUUUGGAAAUCCCACCCAGCUCCUCUACAUCACAGCCCUGCUCGGAGAGCAAGCCAGGAGCUGAGGCCAAGCCCUGCUCCAGAGCCCAGCCAGGCUUCAAGAUGAAAUCCAGCCCUGAGACCAAGCCCUGCCCCAGAGCCCAGCAUGGCCCUCAGCCCAAGCCCACUUCUGGAACCCAGCCUAUCUCUGAACAGAAGCCCAGCUCCAAAACCCAGCUCAUCCCCAAGACGAAGCCCUGCUCCACAGCCCCGCUCGGCCCUGAGAGUAAGAUCACCUCCAGAAUCCUGUCGAGCCCUGACAUCAAGCCCCGUUCUGGAACCCAGAAAAGUGUUCAGAUCCAGUCGAGCUCAGCGAGCAGUGCCAGCCCCAGCACCCAGUCCAGCUCUGGGACCAAGCCCAGCCGUACAAGUCAUCCUGAGUCCAGAGAGGAAGACGGCCCCACGGCCCAGCCUGACCCAGACACUCAGGGCCAUUCUGGGGUACCAGGUAGCUCCAGAAGCCAGGAGAGCGUCAAGCACCAGGCCAGCUCUGGAGCUCAGGCCAGCCCCGGGAGCCAGAUCCAUACCGCCGAGCAGUCUCCAUCCAAACCUCAGUCCUGCCCUAAACCCCACUUGCUCCCAGCCACCUACCCCCAUCUCGCACCCCUGUCCACUUCCAGCAGCGAGUCCAGCUCUGCCACAGAGCCCAGCUCUAGAGCACAGCCUACUGCCACAACCAAGCCCAGUUCCACAAUUCAGCCUGCCUCUGGAACACCCCUUGGAAAGCCCGGCUCCAGGACUCUGGCUCUGAGCCCCUGACUCCCUGCAGAACACAAGCCAGCUCCAGAACCCAGACCAACUCUGGGACCCAAACCGACCUCAAAGCCUGGUCGAACUCCAGAGCUCAGCCCAGCCCAGGCGUCCCACCUGGCUCCAGGAGUCAGUUUGGUUCUCCAGCACAAACCAGUUCUGAAAACCCAUCCAACUUCAAAACACAGUCAGUGCCUGAGACUCAGUUGCGCUCCCAAAUCCAGCUACACGUUGGAAGCCGCCCACCUCCUGGGAUACAGACCAGCACUGCCGUAGACCAGGGCUUGGACACCCCGGCCGGCACUGAGAGCAGGCCCAACUCCAGGACCCAGGACCACGCAGGCACUCCCCACGGCUCUCAAACCCUGCCGCGCUCCAGACACCGGCUCCAGGCCACAGCCAGCUCAGUUAUUCGGUCAGACUCUGGGAAGCAGGUCAGCUUUGGAGCUCAGCCCAGCCCAGGAACCCAGGCGAGGGCAGGGAUUCAGCCCACUUCCAGGACCCCUCCUGCCUCUGGAACACAGUGCGGCUCCAGAACCCUGACCAGUCCUAGAGCACAGCUUGGCCCCAGUAUCCAGGCCGGCUCAAGAAUGCAGCCCAGCUCCGGAAUCCACCUCCGCUCUGCCAUUCAGCCCAGCUCUGAGAUUCAGCCCAGCUCUGGAACCCAGCCGCGCUCUAGAACCCAGCCCAGCCCUGGGAUUCAGGUCCACUGUGGCAACCAGACCAGCUCUACAAACCAGACCAGCUCCGUCACUGGGCUCAGCCCUGAAACCCAGGCCAGUUCCAGGAUCCAGAUCAGCUCUAGACGUGGGCCAAGGCCCCAAACUCCUGAUCCGAGCCAGGACCCCAAAAUACCAACCCCAGCAGCCAGCAAAGCUCCGGGGCCCAAGCCUCAGUCUCCUGACCCAGAAUCAGGAACACAGGCCAGCCCCGGUGCUCCCUCAAGCUCCUCAGCCUACCUCCUGGCCCCCCACCCAGUGGCUCCCUCUGUGCCCCAGAAACCCCCCCUCUCUCCCAAGCCGCAGCUGGGACCCCUGAAGCUCACCCCAUCACCUGUAUCCAUCACCCCUGACCUUUCCCCAGGGGGAGCCUCCUGAGUUUCCAGCCAAUUGAGCCCCCAGCUGGGGGUGGGGUGUGCCCCACCCCAGGCCUUGCCCCCUCCAGGUGUGAAGUCACAGCAGCUCCCGCAGCCCCCCCCCCAGCCUUCUCCCCCAGACACCGCCGCAGGUGACCUCGUUCCCUGGCUGGCGAGGAGGGGGUCGUGGAAACAAGGUUUGGUUUCAGGCGCCUGCCCAGGGACUUGUAAGUGGAUCUGAUGUGUGGGAACGAGGCGGGGUGGAGGCGCUGGCUUCUGUACCCCAGGACAGGAUGCCCUGUGAAUAAAGGCUCCUCACACCCUG